AUGCCGGUGAUGAGUCCUUCAUUGUGUAUUGGUGCACAACCAUUGGUGUACCUCCCUCCUCGCUCUACACAUAUUCCGGCUAAUGGAUAUGUUCGUGGGCGUUAUUAUCCUACAAGAGUUUCUAUGCCACUCCAACCGUUGAACCAGAGAAAAUUUCCUUCUGUCAAGGCUGUUGGAAAUGGCACAGUGCAAUCCAUUGCUAGGGAAGGAUUUGGUUUCGGCUCUAAGAGCAAAAGACCCGACUUUGCAUGUAACUCUGCACUGAACACAAAAUGCAGUCAAAGUCAAGGGCAAACACAGACUGUUACUAGGGAAUCAGGAACAAUCACACAAGCUCCUGGAAAGGAUAAAUCUCCAAAUCUUGAUGACGGUGGGAGCGGGUUCCCGCCUCGGGAUGAUGGUGGGGGUGGUGGUGGCGGAGGCGGUGGAGAGAGCUUUUCAGGUGGAUUCUUCCUUUUUGGGUUUCUGAUGUUCAUGGGAUACUUGAAAGAUCUGGAGGGUGACCAUGAAAACAGCCCUUAA